AUGGCAAAGGACGUUCAGAUCAGGGCUGCCUGCCUCUUGCUGCUCCUGCUCACCAGCCUGGCCAGCGGCUCCAUAUUCUCCCCCCAGACAAGACAGCUUACAGACUACCACUCCUGGGACACAGCGGCCACCAAGGCUGGCUUAACGUCUGAGAUCCAGAGGCGAGGCCGGAGAGACACCCACUUCCCCAUCUGCAUGUUCUGCUGUGACUGCUGCCGGAAAUCCAAGUGUGGGAUUUGCUGCAAAACGUAG